AUGAACUCUAGGGGGAGUUCCCUUCUUAAAUACGUCGCCUCCAAUUUUGGGGUGAAUUCAGUCUGGAUAAGCUUGCUACGCCUAUGGAGCAUUCCAUCUCAAACUCUCACGGAGCCCAAUCAUGUCGGCUUGGGGAAAAGUCCGACUGCAUCUGAAUUCCUCAUGUUACGUCAGGGGUUUUCCUGUUGUCUCCCUACAAACUGGCAGACCGAUUCAUCAGACUGA